CGGAGCCCAGGGAGCCUGCGCUGAGGGCGGGGCGCAGGGCGCGGGGAGGUGCUCGCAGCGCCUGCGCAGAGCGGCUGCUUCUCUCGCGAGGACGGACGCCAUUAUCGCAUCUCCCCGACAAACACCACGAGAAUUCCGCAGCCCACACGGUGACAGAAAGCCCAUACCUUUCGACCUCUGGAUUCUUGCUUAUUGGUGUACCCCUCUUCUCGUGUUCUGGAUGAUGUCAGAACAGGACCUGGCGGAUGUGGUUCAGAUUGCAGUGGAAGACCUGAGUCCUGACCACCCAGUUGUUUUGGAGAAUCAUGUCGUGACAGAUGAUGAUGAACCUGCUUUGAAGCGCCAGCGACUAGAGAUCAAUUGCCAGGAUCCCUCUAUAAAGUCUUUCCUGUACUCUAUUAACCAGACGAUAUGUUUGCGGUUGGAUAGCAUCGAGGCCAAACUGCAAGCUCUGGAGGCUACUUGCAAAUCUCUGGAAGAGAAGCUAGACCUGGUCACCAACAAACAGCACAGUCCCAUCCAGGUCCCCAUGGUGGCCGGUUCCCCACUCGGUGCCACCCAGACCUGCAACAAAGUGCGAUGCGUCGUCCCCCAGACUACAGUAAUACUCAACAAUGAUCGGCAGAACGCCAUUGUAGCCAAGAUGGAAGACCCAUUGAGCAACAGGGCACCGGAUUCCCUGGAAAAUAUCAUUAGCAACGCUGUUCCUGGGCGUCGGCAGAACACAAUCGUGGUGAAGGUGCCAGGCCAGGAUGACAGCCAUAAUGAAGAUGGGGAGAGCGGGUCAGAGGCCAGUGACUCUGUGUCUAACUGUGGCCAGCCAGGAAGCCAGAACAUUGGAAGCAACGUCACGCUCAUCACCCUGAACUCUGAAGAGGACUAUCCCAAUGGCACCUGGCUGGGCGAUGAAAAUAACCCUGAGAUGCGGGUACGAUGUGCCAUCAUCCCCUCCGAUAUGCUGCACAUCAGCACUAACUGUCGCACAGCCGAGAAGAUGGCCCUAACGCUGCUGGACUACCUGUUCCAUCGAGAGGUGCAGGCUGUGUCCAACUUGUCGGGCCAGGGCAAGCAUGGGAAGAAGCAGUUGGACCCCCUCACUAUCUACGGUAUCCGGUGUCACCUCUUCUAUAAAUUUGGAAUCACGGAGUCCGACUGGUAUCGGAUCAAGCAGAGCAUUGACUCCAAGUGCCGUACAGCAUGGCGGCGGAAGCAGCGAGGCCAGAGCCUGGCGGUCAAGAGCUUUUCCCGGAGAACACCAUCCUCAUCCUCAUACAGUGCCUCAGAGACCAUGAUUGGUACCCCUCCACCCGCCAGUGAGCUACAGCAGUCGCAGCCACAGGCCCUCCACUACGCGUUGGCCAAUGCACAGCAAGUGCAGAUCCACCAGAUUGGAGAGGAUGGCCAGGUGCAAGUAGGCCACCUCCACAUUGCCCAGGUGCCUCAAGGGGAGCAGGUGCAGAUCACACAGGACAGUGAGGGCAAUCUGCAGAUCCAUCAUGUUGGCCAGGAUGGACAGUCGUGGGGCCUGUGCCAGAAUCCCAUUCCUGUCAGCGGUGACUCAGUGGCCCAGGCUAAUCCCUCCCAGCUUUGGCCUCUGGGAGGAGACACACUUGAUCUGCCUGCUGGAAAUGAGAUGAUCCAGGUACUGCAGGGUGCUCAGCUCAUAGCCGUGGCCUCUUCAGACCCUGCUGCUACAGGAGUAGACGGGUCGCCUCUCCAGGGCAGUGACAUUCAGGUUCAGUACGUCCAGCUGGCACCUGUGAGUGACCACACAGCUGCAGCCCAGACGGCUGAGGCGUUGCAGCCCACUCUGCAGCCUGAAAUGCAGCUUGAACAUGGAGCCAUCCAGAUCCAGUGAGAUUAAGCACUGUAGGAGUACCACACUACAGCUGCUCACUGACCCUGCCCUGUGUCCUGCUCUCCUGCUUCAGCAGGGCAACUGUGGAUUCUGCAGGGCACAUGAGAGCUCCUCCUCCUGGGGAAGGGUCCUGGCCAUCCCCUGCUGGAAGGCACCUCAGGAUUGAGUCCCACUGCUGGUCUCCGGAGAAGCAAAGUGCAGAGCGUGUUGAGUACAUUCAGAAAAACAAGAACUACGAUAUUUUGUUUAACAGCUUUUUUUAAUUUGCUAUGGUGUUUAUAACAAAAAAGAAAAUGGAAAAAAAAAAACCCACACACAACAGAAACACAACUGUGGAGUAGCAGAAGCCUUGGCCGUGUGCUCUCUUCAGGGUCCUGACGUAGGUGUUGGAGCCAGCUGACGAUGCUGGAGCACUGCGGACCCGCUGCUAGGGGAGUGCUCCACAGUGUAAUUAUGCAUUUCUAAUGAAAUAAAGUGUAUUUAUGGCCACAGA